CAGAGUAGCUUUAAAGCACUUGACAGUCAGUGAGUGCAUUCUUUCAAGUCAGAAUGAAGCACCCUUUGGGGAUUGCGUUUAUGUUUGUUUUUUGCAUGUGUGGUGGCCGAAGCAGUGAGGUGACCGGAGAAGAGGACUUUAUGCUUGUUGGAGGACCUCUGGAAAAACCGCUGGAGAGAAGUUCAGGCAAUACGGUGACCAAAACGUUCGACUGUACUCAUCCUAUACCUGCAGGUUCCAAACAGAUCUUUGAGAACCUCAAGAACAGAGGGGUGACCCACUUCAAAGUGCCGCUGUCCUGGGCUCAACUACUACCUACAGGCCUGCCAAGCCGACCCCAGCAGGCUGUGGUUACCUGCUUCCAGACCCUUCUGAGGCAGCUGCGGGAGGUGGGCCUUCAGCCUCUGGUGGUACUUCAUGGAUCCACAGUGCCAGAGACUCUGAGAUCGCAGUAUGGAGGCUGGGAGAGUCAGCAGCUAGUCCAGAUGUUCCAGUGGUAUGCAGAGUUUUCCUUUAAAGAGUUUGGAGCACUGGCAGACGCGUGGGUGACAUUGAGUGACUUGGAUGGCGUUUGGCAUGACGGGCAGCCCGCGGGUGCUCCGGGUCCCCUGCAAAAUGUCCUCCAGCUCAACAAGAACAUUUACCAGAUCUAUCACCAACAGUUUCCUGACAAAGAGAGACGUCUGUCAAUUGGACUGAGAGCUAGUGAUGCUGCAAUUCUUCCCCAGAUCAAAGGUUCAUCUCCAACUGAUUUCCUGUCAGUGCACAUUGAGUACAACUGUGCCUCCGCAUCCAACUUUGCACAAGAGCUGAGCGGCUUGCAGAUGUUGAAUGUGGAGCUGCCCAUCCUGAUAUUCGAGGUGACGGUUCACAAUUGUCCCGACAGUCAAUACCAGCUCCUUGGCACUUUCUUACAAGCCUUAAUGAACAAAAAUAACCUGAAUAUUAUGGGAUGUGACAUGAUGGAUAUGUUUGGUAAGCUGGACAUGGAGGACGUCUCAACCAGUCUUGGUAUUUCAGACUACAAAAGAAUGAAAACAUUUUCAAACAGUUAUCAGAGUGUGUGGCAGAAGUUUCAGGCCCAGACCGCCACAGAGCGAGACCUUUUCCUCAAUGAAUCGUUCCCCCCAGGCUUCCAAUGGGCUACCUCCAGUGAGUCCUUCAAGGUUGAGGGAGGCUGGUCAGAAGGAGGGAAAGGAGAGACCAUUUGGGACCGUUUUGGUCGUGAUGGCCUAGCCAAUGCAAAUCAGACAGCUGAUCUAGCUUGUGACAGUUACAACAAGGUGGAUUAUGAUGUCUACCUCCUGCGAGGUCUCCAUGUCAACAACUACCAGUUUUCCAUCUCUUGGGCACGUAUUUUUCCCUCAGGCCACCGGGGAAGCCAAUCAGAGAAAGGGCCUCUCUACUAUGACAAGCUGAUCAACACUCUCAUUGAGUCUGACAUUCAACCUGUUGUCACCCUCUACCACUGGGAUCUGCCUCAGACACUGCAGGACUAUGGCGGAUGGACCAACGCUUCCAUUGUUGAAGCCUUUAAAGACUAUGCAGACUUCUGUUUCUCAAUGUUUGGAGACAGGGUCAAGACCUGGAACACAUUCAGUAGCCCCUGGGUGGUAAGCCAUGCUGGCUAUGGCACUGGUGAUCAUCCCCCUGGAGUCAAGGAUUAUGUGGUUGCUUCCUAUCAGGCCACGCAUAAUAUGAUUAAGUCUCAUGCUGAGGCUUGGCAUAUAUACAAUGACAAGUACAGGAAGGCGCAAGGAGGGAAAGUGGGCAUUGCAUUGAACUCUGACUGGGCUGAGCCCAUGGACCCCUCCAAACCUGAAGACAUAGCGGCUGCAGAUCGCUACUUGCAGUUCAUGCUGGGCUGGUUUGCACAUCCUAUAUUUGUAAAUGGAGAUUAUCCUUCAAGACUUAAGACUCAGAUUGAACAGAAAAUAUAUGAGUGUCCUCUCUCUGAACCUGCAAGACUUCCAAUUUUCACUGCUGAGGAGAGCCAGAGGAUACAUGGGACAGCAGACUUCUUGGGAUUAAACCACUAUACCGCCCGGUUGGUCAACAAAAGUGUUGGUGGCUGCACCCCUGGUCCUUCAGGGGUUGGGGACUUCCAGUCCCAUGUGGAUCCGUUAUGGUCCUCUACAGCUUCUGACUGGAUCUAUUCUACACCUUGGGGUCUCAGAAGGCUCCUUAACUACAUUUCUACAGAAUAUCUAAAUGUUUCCAAAGUGCCAAUUUACAUCACUGGCAAUGGUAUGCCUACUGAGCACAGUGGGGACACUCUCAAUGACACUGAUCGAAUAGAGUACACGAAGAGCUACAUGAAUGAAGCCCUGAAAGCAAUAUUGAUAGAUGGAGUGGAUGUUCAGCGUUUCACAGUGCAGUCACUCAUGGAUGGAUUUGAGGGGCCGCAAGGUUACAGCCAAAGAUUUGGUCUUCACCAGGUCAACUUUGAAGAUCCAGACACACCAAGAACCCCAAAGCAAUCUGCAUAUUUCUACUCUCAAGUUGUCAAGCAAAAUGGAUUUGGUACACAUAAAGGGCAUGGUUUUAAAGGAUCAGAAAUGCAACUCAACCGGCGUCCAAAAGCCUUAUCACCCUCUGAGGUUCCCUCUAAAUCCAAGGUUAUCUGGGAGGAAUUUUCAAACCAGUCAGAAUUUCAGAGAAAAGUGUACCACUAUGGCACUUUCCCUCAAGGCUUCAUUUGGGGGGUUUCAUCUUCAGCUUACCAGAUUGAAGGUGGCUGGAAUGCUGAUGGGAAGGGGCCCAGCGUCUGGGAUACAUUCACCCAAAAACCAGGCAGUAUCCCUGCAAAUGCCAAUGGAGAUGUGGCCUGUGACAGCUACCACAGACUCGAAGAGGAUUUAUACAUGCUGCGAGCUCUAAGGGUGAAGUCAUACAAAUUCUCUUUGUCCUGGUCUAGGAUCUUUCCAGAUGGCCGGCUUACCUCCCUGAACCAGAACGGUGUUGACUACUACAACAGAUUGAUUGAUGGCCUCUUAGCAUAUAACAUCACUCCCAUGGUGACUCUCUAUCACUGGGACCUUCCGCAAGCUUUGCAAGUCCUUGGUGGCUGGGAAGAUGUAGAGAUGAUUAAUAUUUUUAAUGACUUUAGUGACUUCUGCUUUGCCACGUUUGGAGACAGAGUAAAAUUUUGGAUGACCUUCAACCAGCCCCACACAAUUGCAUGGUUGGGAUAUGGACUUGGACAGAUCCCACCAAAUGUUAAGAAUCCAGGAAUUGCACCAUACAGAGUUGCACACAACCUUAUAAAGGCACACGCCAAAGUUUACCACACAUAUGACGAUAAGUAUCGCAAAUCCCAAAGUGGUCUAGUCUCCAUAGCCCUCAAUGCUGAUUGGAUUGAGCCUAAAGAUGUCCAUGUUCCCCGUGAGGUGGAGGCCGCUGACCGCGCUCUGCAGUUUCAACUAGGUUGGUUUGCACACCCAAUUUUCAAGAAUGGUGACUAUCCAGAUGCAAUGAAGUGGCAAGUUGGAAACAAAAGUGAACUCCAAGGCCUGUCAGAGACAAGACUACCUGUAUUCUCUGACGAAGAAAAGACCUCCAUCAAAGGAACUGCUGAUAUGUUCUGUGUAAAUCACUACACUACAAAGAUAGUACGACAUGUUACUGCUCGACUUACCCCUCCAUCCUAUGAAUAUGACCGGGACUUGUCAGAAGCAGAUGAAACGGGUUCACCAACUACAGCCAUCAGUAAUCAGAGAGCUGUAGCAUGGGGCUUGAGAAGAUUCCUCAACUGGAUCAAAGAGGAGUAUGGAGAUCCAGAGAUUUACAUUACUGAGAAUGGAGUAGCUACAGAAUCAAAGACAACGUGGGAAGACUCUGCAAGAGUAUUUUACUUCAAAACCUACAUUGAUGAAGCUCUCAAAGCGCAUGACCUUGACGGUGUGAAGAUCAAAGGAUACAUAACAUCGCUAAUGGAUUCUUUUGAGUGGCUUAAUGGGUACAAAGUUGGAUUUGGGCUGCACCAUGUGGACUUCACUAACCCAAACCGGCCACGGACUCCAAAGUACUCAGCCCAUUUCUACUUCCAAGUUAUAAAGGACAAUGGUUUCCCUACACCAGAUGAUGAAAAGCUGAUUUAUGGACAUUUCCAAAAGGAUUUCAUUUGGAGUACUGCUACGGCAUCAUACCAGAUUGAAGGAGGAUGGAGAGCAGAUGGAAAAGGUCUUAGCAUCUGGGACAAGUUUGCUCACACGCCUCUUCGAGUGUUCAAUGAUGACAAUGGUGACAUAGCCUGCAACAGUUACAAUAAAGUAGAAGAGGAUGUUGCUAUAUUGAAGCAACUUCGGGUGACCCAUUAUCGCUUCUCCAUAUCCUGGCCAAGGGUUCUUCCUGAUGGCACCACAAAGCACAUCAAUGAGGCUGGACUGAACUACUACCACAGACUGGUAGAUGCGCUACUUGCUGCAAACAUCCAACCUCAUAUUACUCUCUACCACUGGGACCUCCCACAAGCUUUGCAAGACAUUGGGGGCUGGGAAAAUGAGACUAUUAUUGGUAAAUACAGGGAUUACGCUGACCUCAUCUUCAGCCGUCUUGGCCCUAAAGUGAAAUUUUGGAUCACCAUUAACGAGCCAUACAAUAUAGCCAAUGUGGGUCAUGGCUACGGGGCAGCAGCACCAGGAAUAAGUUUUCGACCAGGCACUCUGCCCUACAUUGUGGGUCACACACUCCUCAAAGCACACGCUGAGGCCUGGCAUCUCUACAAUGAGAAGUACCGAGCCAAACAGAAGGGAAUUAUCUCCAUCACCAUCAACUCUGACUGGUCAGAGCCCAGAAAUCCCUAUAAGCAAGAGGACAUUGAUGCUGCAAGACGUGUGGUGCAGUUCUACAUUGGCUGGUUUGCCCAUCCCGUCUUUAACGGAGAUUACAGCAACAUGAUGAAGACAAUCAUUCGAGAGAGAAGCCUCGCUGCUGGUCUGCUAAAAUCUCGGCUGCCUGAGUUCACGCCAGAUGAGAUUAAGAGGAUUAAGGGCACCUAUGAUUAUUUUGGGUUCAACCAUUACACCACUGUUCUGGCGUUCCCUGUGAACUAUGGAAACCUUCAGCACUAUGAUGCUGAUAGAGGGGCAGGAACGAUUGCUGAUCGUACCUGGCUGGAUUCUGGCUCAUCUUGGUUGAAGGUCUCACCGUUUGGAUUUCGAAGGAUAUUGAACUUUAUUAAGAAGGAGUAUGGAAAUCCACCUAUUAUCAUCACAGAAAACGGCAUGUCAGAGCGAGGGCCGAUCAACCUUAACGAUAUUCAUCGGAGCUACUACUAUGAAAAGUACAUCAACCAGCUGCUGAAAGCUUAUCUGCUUGAUAACGUGGAUAUCCGGGGUUACACAGCUUGGUCCCUGAUGGACAACCUAGAGUGGGCUACUGGCUUUUCAGAAAGAUUUGGCCUGUUCUAUGUCAAUUUCUCAGACCCUAAAUUGCCUCGUGUGGCCAAGACUUCUGUGACCCUCUACUCCACCAUCAUCAACUGCAACGGAUUCCCAGACCCCGCCUUGGGACCCCAUGAGUGUUCCAGUAAAGUGCCUGAAGCAACGAGUGCACCUAUCACACCUGCUCCCUCUAACAACUCUGUGAACUUCCUGGGAAUGAAGCUGUCCACCAAUGAUGCCGAGAUCGGACUUACAACCACGUUUGCUCUCCUAAUUGCUGCAGCGGUUGGAGCUAUUUGUACAUCUUUUUUUUUGUUUAAGGCAAAGAAACAUUCCAAGGAAAAACCUGAUAAUGGAUUUAUGGAAUCAAAGUUCUGAUAGAAAGAAUGCAGAGUUGUAACCCGCCUGCAUAGAAUUAUUGUAUAUGAUUGAUAUGAUUUCAGCCAUUGCAAGAUGUACAAGUCCUUAUUUACUUUAUUCAACAGAAUUUUAUUUUUCCUUUCAUUCAGUGCAUGCAUUUAAAAUUGUUAUUGCUCAGGUUUUAGAUUACAAUCAAAAAUUGCUCAUGAUCCAUGUUAUUUACUGCUGAAUUCCGUGUCGAUGUAUUGUGAAAAUAGUUUUUUUGCACCACAAACACAUGGUUGUGGUGGGCUGAAGUUGGCCAUCUGUUCUGUUCUUCAAUGAAGCGUAGCAAAUCAUUUGAAAAGUCAACUCUGGAUUAAUAUUUGGAAGCUGCAAACUAAAUUUAGAUUGUCUCAUAAACUCUAUUGAUGUGACUCCAGAGACGGUUACAAACAAACUGCAGAGAUCAGCUAUUGCCUUGUUUAACUUGUUUUAAAUGGGGACAUUAAUGCUACAAUGAUCGUUGUGGAUUAUCUGGAAAACUGUUCCAGAAACUGUCAAUUCAUUUAUGUUUUAUUGUAGGGCUAAAUGUGAUUUGAAUGUAUUUUAUUUUAAAUACAAUAUUAAUCUAAUGUUUGUGUUCUAUAAAAGUGCAGCUCCUGAUAUAGUGUAUAACUUGCUUUUGUGAUACAAUUAUUGUUAAUGCUGGCAGAACGGCAUAAUCCAUAUUAAUUCAUAAUUCCAAGAUAAAUUAAUAAAUAGUUGUGUCUUAUAUUCUCUGAAUGAUGGUCAAAAUGAGAACUUAGAUAUUUGAAGCUUUGAGUGAAGACAAUAAACCCUUCAGGAACUAAUAUGUAAUUCCCCAUCAUUGGUGUGGUAAAGCGUUCUAAAAUAAUAAAAUAACGAGCCCCAAGUCAUUCUG